GCACCGGUGCGCUCCCGGUUCCGGCCGCUCGCUGGGGCUCAGCCCGGCCCCGCGCUGCGCUCCCGCUUCCCGGCAGCUGCCCGGAAUCCCCGCACCCUCUCAUCCCGGCAUCCUGGCAGCUGCAUCCGUGCUGCCCGGCAUUCCCUGUGCUCCCGCAUCCCGGCAUCCUCCCAUCCCUGCAUCCCUGCAUCCCUCCAUUCCCGAAUCCUCCCACUCCUCUAUCCCUGCAUCCCUCCAUUCCCGAAUCCUCCCAUCCCUGCAUCCCUGCAUCCCUCCAUUCCCGAAUCCUCCCACUCCUGUAUCCCUGCAUCCCUCCGUUCCCGAAUCCUCCCACCCUUGUAUCCCUCCAUUUUUCCCAUCCCUUCAUCCUCCCAGCCCCUCCGAGGAGCUGAGCCGUGACGCCCCGUUUUGGGGAGCGGCGGGGGGGCCCGAGGGGCCGCGGGCAGGUUCAGCACCGGCCCCGGGGGCUGCGGACCCCCCGUGCCCACCCUCGGCACGGCCAGCCCGCCCCGGGAAUGAGGCAGCGCCGGGGGGAACACGAGCGGCGCCGCAGGUAACGCAGCCGGCGGCAGCUCGCAGCCCCCAGCCCACCAUGCCCUCGUCCAAGAGCGGGAGCGAGUUCUGGAUCGAUGGAUCCCACCGGGAGGCGGCACUGGAAGAUUUUUACAUCGUGGGCCCCGAGCUGGGACGGGGAGCCACCUCGGUGGUGUUCAGCUGCCAGGAGAAGGGCACGGGAGCUCCCUACGCUGCCAAGAUCCUGAAGAAAACGAUCGACAAAAAGAUCGUGAGGACGGAGAUCGGGGUCCUGCUGCGGCUCUCACACCCCAACAUCAUCAAGCUGAAGGAGAUUUUCGAGACGCCCUCGGAGAUCGCGCUGGUGCUGGAGCUGGUGACGGGGGGAGAACUCUUCGACAGGAUCGUGGAGAGGGGGUUCUACAGCGAGCGGGACGCGGCGCACGUGGUCAAGCAGAUCCUGGAGGCCGUUUCGUAUUUGCACGAGAACGGAGUCGUGCACCGCGACCUGAAGCCGGAGAACCUGCUCUACGCAGACCUGUCCCCCGACGCGCCCCUCAAAAUCGGUGACUUCGGGCUCUCCAAGAUCGUGGAUGAACAGGACACCAUGAAAACCGUGUGUGGGACACCGGGGUACUGCGCCCCCGAGAUCCUGCACGGCCGUCCCUACGGGCCCGAGGUGGACAUGUGGAGCGUGGGCGUCAUCACCUACAUCCUGCUCUGCGGUUUCGAGCCCUUCUUCGACCCGCGGGGGGAUCAGUACAUGUACGGCCGCAUCCUCACCUGCGACUACGAGUUCGUGUCCCCCUGGUGGGACGAGGUGUCACCAAACGCCAAGGAUUUGGUCAGGAAAUUGAUCGUUUUGGACCCGCGGAAGAGGCUGACGGUGCAGCAGGCCCUGGAGCACCCUUGGGUCACCGGGAAAGCGGCGAAAUUCGCUCACAUGGACAGCACGCAGAGGAAGCUGCAGGAAUUCAACGCCAGGAGGAAGCUGAAGAGUGACCACGCCGAGGUGUUCCAGAGUGACCAGCCCGAGGUGUUCCAGAGUGACCAGCCCGAGGUGUUCCAGAGUGACCAGCCCGAGGUGUUCCAGAGUGACCAGCCCAAGGUGUUCCAGAGUGACCACACCGCCGUGUUCCAGAGUGACCAAACCGCCGUGUUCCAGAGUGACCAGCCCGAGGUGUUCCAGAGUGACCAGCCCAAGGUGUUCCAGAGUGACCACACCGCUGUGUUCCAGAGUGACCACGCCGAGGUGUUCCAGAGUGACCACGCCGAGGUGUUCCAGAGUGACCAGCCUGAGGUGUUCCAGAGUGACCAGCCCAAGGUGUUCCAGAGUGACCAAAGCGCCGUGUUCCAGAGUGACCACACUGCCGUGUUCCAGAGUGACCACCCCGAGGUGUUCCAGAGUGACCAGCCCAAGGUGUUCCAGAGUGACCAGCCCAAGGUGUUCCAGAGUGACCACCCCGAGGUGUUCCAGAGUGACCAGCCCAAGGUGUUCCAGAGUGACCAGCCCAAGGUGUUCCAGAGUGACCAAACCGCCGUGUUCCAGAGUGACCAAACCGCCAUGUUCCAGAGUGACCACCCCAACAUGUCCCCAUUGGCCCCGGUGGCCGUGUUCCAGAGUGACCACCCCGCCGUGGCCCCGGUGGCCCCGGUGGCCGUGUUCCAGAGUGACCACCCUGCCGUGGCCCCGGUGGCCGUGCCAGGCGCCGCCUGUGACAGUUAACGGCCCCGCAGCGGUGACCUGGGGGGCCCCCAGAGCUCUCCCCUGGCGGGCUCCGGAACAUCCUCGUGUCGUGUGCUGUCACCUCCCGGUCGCUGUCCCUGUGUCUGUGCCCGCCCGGCCGAGGGGACGAGGCCGUGACUUUGUCUUCCCACUCUGCAGCAGCUGUGGCUUGGAAAGGUCCCGAAAAACGAGGAACAAACAGCAGAACUAAGGAAUUCUCCCACCUUUCCCUGCAAAGGCAGCGAGUUGUCUUUGAGGGGUUCCUGUAAAUAAUCCUGAAGGUUUGGGUUUUUUUGGGGUUUUGCUGCCGUAGCUGUGACAUCUCCAGCGCUGUCACCAGCCCAGCUGUGGGGUUGUUGCUGUGUUAGGAGGGGUUUUAGGAGCCUUUGAUCCCAAAUGUUCGAUCCUCUCCAGGGAACAGCCCGUGCCAGUGCUUCCCUUGUCAUUCCCAGCCCCAGGUUGUGUUUUUUGGGUGUGUGGUGGGGUGGUCACGGACUGGGAGUGCUGGUCCAGCCUCCCCUCGGCAUUCCAGGUCAGGAUUGACACAAUUUUAACACAGGAAUUCACACGGUUCUUUUGGAAUAUUGUGAGAUUUCGCCACGUAACUGCUGUUCCCUGAGGGAGGACAAUGAGUUUAUACCUUUUUUAAUUUUUAUUUUUAAAUGAAACCAGCAGACAAAGUCCUUGAAAAGGAAUCGGAUUUUUUUUUUUUUUUUAAAGGAAGGAAACAGGAUAAGCAUUUGCAGAUUUUAAUACAGAGCAAGUGAUUGGACAGAAAAAGCCAUAUUCCAUGUGGGAAUUACAGAGAGCUGGAGGGAUCCUGCCAGGUUUGAGCCCAUAGGCAGCGACCAUGACCUGCACCCCCACAUUUUGUGCUUAGAACAGUGUGUUCAAGGUAAAAAUCCCACCUGGAGGAGAAUAAAUUCCUACAGGAGGUUUAUUCCCUCAGGAUGGGGGGUUUAGAAUUGAGCAGCUGGGACAGGAAGAGGAAAAAAUCACCCAGAAUUGGAUGUUUCGCCAAAGGUGACGGACCUGAGGGUGAGAGAGCAGGAGGUUGAGGUCAGAGCAGGGGGAGGGAAAAAGGAUUUGGGGGUUUAUCUCCAGCAGGAGCAGAAAUCAGAACAGCUCCGAGUCAGGAUCCACCCCAGUGGGGUUUGGGGAGCCAAAGACAGCAGGGGAAUUUGUUCAGGAGGGGUUUUAAUUGGGAGAAGUAGCAUGGCUUGACCAGAGGUGCACUUUUUUAAACUGGAGUUUUGUGGGAAGCGGCUGCUCGCUGAGGUGACCCAGGGGGAAACGAAGCCGCUGAUCCCGUGGGACUCUGCAGCACAGGGGAAUUCUCCCUUUUUCUUUGCAUUUUUUUGCAGGAGGGGCAGUUUUUUCCCCUCUCCUUUUUCUAAUCCCGAGGGCUGAGCCUCGCAGGGUGCUCAGCUCCAGAGUCCAUCCCGUCCUCGGCGUGUCCUUCCAGCUCCGUGUCGUGUCUCCGGCGGGACCCGAACUCCACCUCCUUGUUUCCUAACCCGGGUUUUAAAGACUCUUUUCUAUCCUUGGACACGAAGUGCUGGUUAAAGCCUCUCGCAGGACCAGGCUGGGCACCCCCAGAGCCUGUGAAGCAGGGAAAAGGCUGAGUACCAGGUGCAGGAUUCCCAAUCCUGCAGGAAAACGGGAAUUACAGCUGACAAAUCACCUACACAAUUCUCUCCAGCUACGGAACCGGGAGGAAGGAGAGGCCCUGCGAGCGAAACCAGAACGGGAGUUUAUCUCUUAUAUUAUUAUUCCACAGGUAUCCGUAUUUAAAGAUAGGAAAAAAUGCUCUCCUGGGAGCGGAGCUCGGGGAGGAGCACUUCGGUCUGUCGCUGUUUGCAGCGUGUGUUUGAGUGAGCGUUUCGGUGUGGUGGUGACAGUUCUGACAGCCAGGUGUUUAUAACCAAGUAGAGACUGUGAAUAAAGCAUCGAAUCUCAGA